AUGGCAGAACCAAGUUUCUAUAUCGGAGUCAUAGGAAAUGUAAUCUCACUACUUGUCUUCCUCUCACCUGUGGAAACAUUUUGGAAAAUAGCGAAGAGAAAAUCGACGGAGGAGUAUAAAAGCUUACCGUACAUUUGUACGUUGUUAGGUUCUUCGUUAUGGACAUAUUACGGAAUCGUCACUCCCGGAGAAUAUCUUGUUUCCACCGUUAAUGGAUUUGGUGCUCUUGUUGAAACCAUUUACGUUUCACUUUUUCUCUUUUAUGCCCCUCGAAAUCUCAAGUUGAAUACAAUUGUGGUGGUAGCGAUGUUGAACGUGUUUUUCCCAAUCGCAGCGAUUGUGGCUACGAGAAGUGCGUUUAAAGAUGAGAAAAUGCGUUCUCAAUCGAUGGGUUUUAUAAGUGCUGGUCUAAACAUUAUAAUGUAUGGUUCUCCUCUUUCUGCUAUGGUAAGUUAA